AAAUAAAUUUCCUAAAAAUACAUAUGAAAAAAUUUAGGGAAUUGAAAAAGACAGGUGAUGGAACAUUUGGUGUAGUAAUAAAGGCUGAAGAUACUAAAAGUCAUGAUUUAGUUGCAAUAAAAAAGAUGAAAUAAAAGUAUCAUAAUUUUGAUGAAUGUACAAAUUUGAGGGAAGUGAAAGCUCUAUUGAAACUUCAGAAUCAUCCAAAUAUUGUUAAGUUGAAAGAAAGUAAUUAGAAUAAAUAAUUAGUUUUCCUUGAUAAUGAUACUUUGUGUUUAGUGUUUGAAUUUGUAGAGAAAAGUAUUUAUUAAAUGUACACUUAAUAAAAAGAGAUGGUAAAAUGAUUAUAGGAAUUUAGGGUAAAACAUUAUCAGAAGAUUAAAUAAAAUCAAUAAUAUAUUAAGUUGCGAAUGGUCUAAGUUAUAUGCAUAAACAUGGAUACUUUCAUCGUGAUUUAAAACCUGAGAAUAUGUUAGUAACAAACAAUGGAGUAGUAAAGAUAAUUGAUCUUGGAUGUGCAAGAGAAAUAAGGUCAAGACCUCCUUAUACUGAUUAUAUAGCUACUAGAUGGUACCGAGUAAAAUUUGAAUUAAAAAUAAAUAGGCACCAGAAAUACUAUUGAAAUAAGCUAAUUAUAAUAGUCCAGUUGAUAUAUUUGCUUUAGGUUGCAUAAUGGCUGAAUUAUAUUUAAAUAGACCUUUAUUUCAAGGUAAUUCAGAAUUGGAAUAAUUUAAUAAAAUUCUCUCAACUCUUGGGUAUAUAUUUUUUUAAUCAAUUAGAACAUUUACUUAAUAAGAAUGGCCAGAAGGUGGUAGAUUAGUAUCUUAAAUGGGAUUAGCACUUGCUUAGUUUUAACCAUUAUCACUUUAAUAGUUAAUACCAAACGCUAGUACAGAAGCUAUUAAUUUAUUAACUUAAAUGAUAAGAUGGGAUCCCAAUAAAAGAAUUACUGCUACAUAGAUGUUGACUCAUCCUUUUUUUUACAAUAUUGAGAAAAUAGCACCACCUUUGAUUUUUGAAGAAUAAAUUAAAUCUAAUAAAGAUGAAUUAAAGUUUUUUGAAUCUGAUCAUAAGACUAAAUCUUGUAAUUAAAAAGAUGAAAUUCAAACUCAAUUCAAACAAAAAUAAUAAUUCUAAUAAUAAAUUAAAAAUGAUGACAGCAAUGAUUUAGAUGAUAUUCUUGAUUUCAUUACUACAGAAAACAAAUCUAUGCCAUCUAAAUUAACAACAUAAAGUGCAAAAACACUUGAUUUUGGAGAAUAUAUCCCUUCAUAAUCUAUUAAUCGAUAACCUAGAAAUUUAUAAUCAAGUUAAUUAUAGGAAUAAUAAAAGAAGGAUAAUAAUUCUAUUUAUGAUUUCAGCCAUUUAUAAAGUUUUAAGCCAAACAAAUAGCCAAAUUUAAAUUCUAAAUAUUGA